UCCUCUCGCUGGGAGUUUGGAGGACCGGCGAGGGGCUGUUUGAGAAGCCGGCAGGCGGGCGGCGGCGGGCGGACUCUCCUUCCUGCGCCUCUUUGGUUCUGGGAGGCGGGCCGCGGGGUCAGCAGCCGCGCCACCGCCUCUGUGGGCUGGGCGGACUCACGUGACUCACGCGGGCUCUGGAGAGGCUGGCAGCACUGAGGAAGCGGCGGCGGCGGCCGAGGAGGCGACAGCAGCCGGGAGGUAGCGGCCUGGCGAAAGACCGGCCGGCUGCCCUCUCGGACAGCCGUGGCGAAAGAGAAAAAUGGCGGAGGCUUCGGCGGCCGGGGCCGGCGCGGGCUCUGCGGUUGCCGCGCACCGGUUUUUCUGCCACUUUUGCAAGGGCGAGGUCAGCCCCAAACUACCGGAAUAUACUUGUCCCAGAUGUGAAUCAGGUUUUAUUGAAGAAGUGACAGAUGAUUCCAGUUUUUUAGGUGGUGGCAGCAGCACAUCAACACAGUUUUCAGAGUUCUGGGACCGUUUGGACCCCACGAUGUUUUUCCAAGAUUUUAGACCCUUUCUAAGUAGCAGUCUACUGGACCAAGAUAACAGAGCCAAUGAGAGGAGUCACCAAACUCACACUGACUUCUGGGGUCCAAGUCGGCCUCCACGGCUGUCAAUGACUCAGAGAUACAGAUCUCGAGGAAGUACUCGUCCUGAGAGAUCCCCAGCUUUUGAAAGAGUACUACAACAGAUCAUUGCAGGAUUCAUUCCUGGAUCCCCAUUUUCUUGGAGCGGGAUGCUGCACUCCAACCCCGGGGACUAUGCCUGGGGUCAGACAGGGCUUGAUGCCAUUGUAACCCAGCUUCUAGGACAACUGGAAAAUACAGGGCCUCCCCCAGCUGACAAGGAAAAGAUCACAUCUCUUGCAACAGUGACAGUAACUCAGGAACAAGUUGAUAAGGGCUUAGAGUGUCCAGUAUGCAAAGAGGAUUACACAGUUGAGGAGGAAGUCCGGCAGUUACCUUGCAACCACUACUUUCACAGCAGUUGUAUUGUGCCAUGGUUAGAACUGCAUGACGCAUGUCCUGUAUGUAGGAAGAGCUUAAAUGGUGAGGACUCUACUCAGCAAACACACAGCUCGGGGGCUUCUGCAAGCAGCAGAUUUAGCAGUGACAGCCAGCUCCAUGACCGAUGGACUUUCUGAGACUAAAGAGCACGUCUGAGCCAGGGCCAUGGUAGACCUAUCCCAGCUAUUAAUUGUAUCAAUGCAAAAAAAUAGUAGGUGGAUUUAGGAAUCACUUAAGAAACCCCAACUCAUAAUAUUAAUUCACUGAGUGUUUUUCUUCUCUAAAUUUAAAGUUAGUGUCUACAGAUGGAAUUGUAUCUAGAACCAAAUGCCUCUUAUUCCUGAAUUCAGAGUGAUAAUUUUGUAAGUGUGAAACUUAAUUUGUGGGUUUCCCCUGCUAGAAUAGAAUUGGUUAAUUAUGUGGGUUUCCCCUGCCAGAAUAGAAUUGGUUCCUUAAAGUCUGCCUAGGGUCCUGCUCUCUGUCAUGUUACCUUGUGAUGGUUGUUUCCACCUCUUUCUUCAACCUCCACCGUCUUCAGUGUACUUUAUAGUAAAUACAGUGGAACCAGAGCCCUAAAGUCCUGCUGAUAAAGUGCUUCUGUUUUAAUUUACAAAAGCAUCUACUCUUGGCCACAUUAGCCAUGGAGUGAGGUAAUGUUAAAUUAGGAAUAUGAGACUAAUGAUUUUUUUUUCCUUAAAUCUUUAGAGAGCAAAUCAAAACAAAGUUACAGUGGGACGGCUUCUAAUUGUACUCUUUGGUUUUCUCAUUUUUAUUUUUGAAAACUACUUCGUAAGAUGCAGCUUCUGCAGAAACCAACAUGACAAAUGACAGGUCUUAAGAGUCUUGUGUUGGUAGGAAUCUGAUUCUGGUUCCUUUUUGGGAAUAAGUUGGGCAGGAUAAAGGCUCAGAAAGACAGAUGUUUGAAAUCUCUGGUUCUAAUCUAAGGUUUUUUAGUGAUUCUCAACUCAUUGUUUAUCCUGGGGACCUUAAAGUAAUUUCCCUCACAGAAAUAGGAUUAUUUUAUUACUGCUUCUACAGCUAAUUCAUGUUUUUUUUUUUUUUUAUAAUUCAUUGGUCUUCAGGAAUUGAGACUUUAUGUUGUUUCAUUUUAAUUUUUAAAGUCCAUUUAUCAUCUCUGAAACCUUUUUGUUUGCUUCGUUCUGGCUUUACUUGGAGUCAUACUGAUUUUUGUGAUCAUGCUGAAACAACUUAGCCUAGGAGAGAUAGGCCGCCUUUUUUCAGCCUUUUUUUCUCAUGUACAUGCACAUGCUCUUUGGUGCAUUUAAGUGUUUAAAGUUGAAUAAAUGAAGAAGCUUAAGAAUGUUGUUGGAACUUCAAAGUCUUAAAAAUAAAUGAUGGGAACAUGUAACCACAGUUGGUGCACCAAAAAGGGUGACAGGAGGGGCACCAUUGGUGUGGUCUUAUCAGCCCUUCAUGGUUGGAAUGAUCAAAAGAAGAAGGUGAGUCUUUGGUGAGUCUCUUUCUUGGCUAGGAGUCUGUCACACACUGGUUUUGGGCAUGAAGGGUGGGGUUAGAGAUAUCUGUGUAAUUUAGUAGAGGAUAGAGGAGUAGGGGAGGGAAGAGAGAAAGUGGGAGAAUUUAAUGCUGAAUUAAUAGCCUGCUUCUAAAAGUUGUGACCAUAAGGUAUGAUUCAGGUUGGGCCCAGAGAGAAUGAGAUGUUUUCUCAUAUGCCUCUUAUGUUAUACCUCUGUAGAGAGAGUUUCUUUGGAGAAUGUGAACUGUUCACUAUGGUUAUUGAAAUGUAACCCAGAGAUACACAUUGGCUUUGAAUGCGGAGAGGUGAUGAGUCAGAGGUGACAGAAGAGGUAUAUUGUGAACAGCCAUUGCUUAGGUUGAGACAGGCUCAAACGAAGUUGAAGUAUGUUAUGGUUUUCAAGUAAAACAAUAUUGACAGUAUCAGCUGUCUCAGAAAAAUGAUGUUAGCCUGGAAGUUUUGUUAGUAUCUGGAGAUGCCAGGACAGGCAGGUAUAUUUUUACUUUCAACUAGAGAACUAGAAUGAUGCCAGUUAGAUGAUGAGUUAAGGUGCUGCACUCAAUAUGCCAGCAGAUUGGAAAACUCAUCAGUAGCCACAGAAUUGCAAAAGGUCAGUUUUCAUUCCAAUCCCAAAGAAAGGCAAUGCCAAAGAAUGUUCAAACUACCACACACAGAGUGUUCAAACUACUGCACAAUUGCACUCACCUCACACGUUAGCAAAGUAAUGCUCAAAAUUCUCCAAGCCAUACUUCAAUAGUACGUGAACCAUGAACUUCCAGAUGUUCAAGCUGUAUUUAGAAAAAGCAGAGGAACCAGAGAUCAAGUUGCCAACAUCUUUUGGAUCACAGAAAAAGCAAGAAAGUUCCAGAAAAACAUCUACUUCUGUUUUAUUGACUAUUCCAAAGCCUUUAACAGUGUGGCUCACAACAAACUGUGGAAGAUUCUUCAAGAGAUGGGAAUACCAGACCACCUUACCUGCCUCCUGAGAAAUCUGUAUGCAGGUCAAGAAGCAACAGUUAGAACCGGACAUGGCACAAGAGACUGGUUCCAAAUCGGGAACGGAGUACUUCAAGGCUAUAUAUUGUCACCUUGCUUAUUUAACUUACAGGCAGAGUACAUCAUGCUAAAUGCCAGGCUGGAUGAAGCACAAGCUGGAAUCAAGAUUGCUGGGAGAAAUAUCAAUAGCCUCAGAUAUGCAGAUGACACCACCCCUAUGGUAGAAAGUGAAGAACUAAAGAGCCUUUUGAUGAAAGUGAAAGAGGAGAGUGAAAAAGGUGGCUUAAAACUCAACAUUCAGAAAACUAAGAUCAUGACAUCUGGUUCCAUCACUUCAUGGCAAAUAGAUGGGGAAACAAUGGAAACAGUGAGAGACUUUAUUUUCUUAGGCUCCAAAAUCACUGCAGAUGGUGACUGCAGCCAUGAAAUUAAAAGUCACUUGCUCCUUGGAAGAAAAGCUAUGACCAACCUAGACAGCAUAUUAAAAAGCAGAGACAUUACUUUGCCAACAAAAGUCCGUCUUGUUAGAGCUAUGGUUUUUCAGUAGUCAUGUAUGGAUGUGAGAUUUGGACUAUAAAGAAAUCUGAGCGCCAAAGAAUUGAUGCUUUUGAACUGUGGUGUUGGAGAAGACUCUUGAGAGUCCCUUGGACUGCAAGGAGAUCCAACCAGUCAGUCCUCAAGGAAAUCAUUCCUGAAUAUUCAUUGGAAGAACUGAUGCUGAAGCUGAAACUCCAAUACUUUGGCCACCUGAUGCGAAGAACUGACUCAUUGGAAAAGAGCAUGAUGCUGGGAAAGAUUGAAGGCAGGAAGAGCAGGGGACGACAGAGGAUGAGAUGGUUGGAUGGCACCACCAACUCGAUGGACGUGAGUUUGGGCAAGCCUCGGGAGUUGGUGAUGGACAGGGAAGCCUGGCGUGCUACAGUGCAUGGGGUUGCAAAGAGUCAGACAUGACUGAGCAACUGAACUAAUCUAAACUAGACAACUAGAAACACUCUUGACUGGCUUUACAAAGGUAUGCAAAGUGCUGGAUAGGGAUUUAACUUUUCAAUAUAAGAAUAGCAGAUAGCAUCAAUCUAAGUUAUCUGAAAUUUCCUUCACUUUUUUUUUUAUUCCUUUAGAUAAAGGAGAUAAAUCUUUUUGCUGUUUCCAAGACCCCUCCUACUUAAUGAAUCUGUAGUGUUUCUUCAAAGAAUAGGAAAUGAGUCAGACUUCCAGGUUAAUUUAGGUAAGGAGUGUUUAGGGUUCUCCAGAGAAGCUGAACCAUAAGGUUGUGUGUGUACAUGUGUAUAGAGAUUUAUUAUAAAGAAUUGGGCCACAUGAUUAUGGAUCCAAACACAGUUUGAUAUAGUGCCCAAAGCAGAAGACUUUUCAGAUGUUCAUUCCUUUACAGCCUGAAGGUUUACAGAUUCAGGAAACUGGAGCCUUACUUGGAGUCAGCCUUACUAGGAGAGAUGAUUCAGCUUUCCCUCAUUAUCAAAGCGAAUAGAAGAAGGUUGCAAUUUCAAAUCUUAGGCAUUAGACUUGAGGCCUUUACAUUUGUACUAAAUGACCUACCCUUUGAGUUCCAUGCAGAGAUAAGCAGAUUGUUUUCUCAUUCAUAAAUGUCUUUUUUUCCUUAAUCUUUUUUCAUUAUAAUUUGAAAUAAGAGGAAAUAAAACUUUGUUAGCACAUAAUUAGGAGAGACUUCCUAGAAAUUGGUAGACUUGAAAGUUAAGAAGUUAUGUGGGUCAGCUCCAGGCUGGCCUCUGAGUGAUUAUUGCUUCUUGGGUAGUUUUCAGAUGAAUUAGAAUUGGGCAGUUGGGUGGGCAGGGCAAAGUGAUGAACAUUCAACAGAGAGAAGGAAUAAUUCUGGUACUAACAAUUAAUUUUCCCUCAAAAUUCCUCUUAUUGCCAGUUCUCUGAAGAGUUGGGAAACCUGGAGAGUCCAAAUAGCUUCCUUAGUUGUGAACAUUUGCUGCAUAACAAAUGAGCAGAUACUUGUUAAAUGUUUUCCUUAAGCAAUACUCUGUCUGGUCCAAUAGUUACUUCUCAAGUUAGAAGGAAGAUUUGGUGAGAAGAAUUUAUUUCCCCCUCAACUAGUCUCACUUGGAUUAAAUAAUUAUUAGAAAAAUUCCUUGUUUAUGUCUUUAUAUUGAACAUGUGUGUGUGGUGUGUGUCCAUAGGCACAUGCAUAUAUGCACAUUUCACUCUAGAGGAAGAAGGGAUUUGGUGGGCACUGAAAUAGAUAAGUGAGCAGGGAUCCAGCAGAGGGCUGGAGCCUCACAGUCUGAUUCCCUCAUUGUACCUGCCUUAGGCCCAUGUGUCUCUAUACUUCUCUAUUAUGGGGCACCGUUGGCUUGGGCAGGCAUCCUGUUACGUGGUGUGUGGCAAAGGGUUUCACUGGAGCUACAAGUCUGGUUAUCAUUUUUGAAGGCUGAGAAUAAAUGGCUUUGAGGAAAGGGUGUUCAUUACCUGUUUUUCCUGUAUUAUAAUUAGGUGAACUCUAACACAGUUGUCUGUUGUUUUUAAAAUUUCUUUCUUGAUAAAUUAUUGAUGACAAAUUGACUUCUCACAUGACCUUCGGUGUGCUUCACUUUCAUUCUUCUUGGUGUCCAAGUGCUAUUUUUCAAGGAGUACAGGUAUAUCAGUACUUAACAAAAACUAAUCAGGAAGGGAUUGUAGUUUGUUUUGAACAGCAACAAAACAGCCUCUGGGGUUUAGAGAAGUGAGAGACACCACCUCAGAGUUGAUUUUUUAGAGCUGAUGUAAGAAAGCCACUGACGUCUGUGAAGGAAGAUGGAUUUAGGAGAAGGAGCAGGGCUGAUGAAUAGAUAUUUGAUUGCUAGGGAAACUUACGUUGGUCUCUGUGGUAGAGAAAUAGGAAGAUAAAGGUGCUGUUUGCAAGAAUUUACCAGUGGAGAUUUGGGAGUUUGAGGGUACUAGCAGGGGAGAGUACUCUUACUGAAAAUUUCCAAAAUGAAUCUAGCAUAAGUUCUGAUGUAGGGAGUUAGGGGAAAGAUUUGGUGGGGUAAACCAAGGGUUCUCAGCCCCUGGGCCAUGGACCAGUACUGGUCCGUGGCCUGUUAGAAACUGUGCCACGCAGCAGGAGGUGAGUGUCAAGUGAGCAAGCGAAGCUUUGUCUGUACUGACAACUGGUCCCCCUCACAUAGCCAUCUGAGCUCCGCCUCCUGUCAGAUCAGUGGAGGCACAAUAAAUUGUACCACUCUUGAAUCAUACUGAAACCAUUUCCCCACCCUUAUCUGUGGAAAAAUUAUCUUCCAUGAAACUAGUCCCUUGUGCCAAAAAGGCUGGGGAACACUGAGGUGAACAUAUCACAGGUGUCCGUCCUGUUGGGGGCGGGGAAUUGUAAGUUGCAGUAAUGUCAGCAUUCCAGCAGGCUGUGCCAUGUGUUUUAAAAUAGAAUGUGUAGAAUACAAAGUGUACAACCAGAAAUCUUUUCCAGGAUCAAGAGAGGAUCAAAGUGUCUUAUCCAGUGGACAUUAUUGAGGUUUUGAUCUCUCAUAUACUGCCAGAUAAGUGGAAUUAUAGGCACUCAAGUUUCAAAUUUUUUACAUGUAAACUUUGUGUUUUGCCGAAUUACACUUAAGCUGUCCCCAGAAGUAGAGUCCAUAUGUUACCUUUCCUCUUUCACCUGAAACACGUAAUAUCUAUAAAUCAUGGAAUGUAAGCUUAUGAUUCCUUUUCUAAUAAGAUGUAUCAUUUUUGAGGUCCAAAAAUUAUUAGAUUCCCUCCCAACAAGAUUGUAAUUGUAGUUUUAGUAUCUUUUGCUGGAACAAACACACAGCAAAAAGCUGCUGUGCUUUCAGUAAUGCUUUUAAAUCAAUUUGUCUUUAUUAAUCACACAAGAAUCUACAUCCAGUUGAAGAGAAGUAUAUACUUAUUUGUAAGAUAUGCUAGAGAUAAUACUUAUACAGAUUUCUUAUGUAACUGCAUGGCCUUACAGAGGUUCCAAUUCCUUUGGUUAUGAGUCACUCAUAUAGAUUGAAGUUUAGAUGUGUGUCCAGAAAAGUACUUAUUCAUGCAUGGAAAUUUAUAGGCUUAUUUGAAAUCAGUGGUAUUAAUACACUUUGAAAGUCAAGAUGUAAGUAUUUCAAAUUUCUGUUUAACUGUCUUGAAAUAAGCAGAAUAAAUUCUUUAGAAGUGGGACUCCUGACUUACUGUUGGCUUUGUUUAUUCUGCUUAGUUCAAGUCAGAGUUAGUAGUCUAAUGCUCUUGAAUGUCUUGGUAAACUUGGCCAGUAAUCAUGUGUCCUUUCUGCAGACUUUUUUUAUGUAGGCUAUAAUUAGCACAGCACAAUGGAUAAAAACUUUUUCUAUAGUUGGAUAUGGCUUCUUUGUGAGACUUCCAGUGAUUGUAUAAUAUGGAGUAGUUUCAGAAGAGUCUUUGAAUAGUAAAAAAGUAUAAGACAUCUCCACUCAUGUAAACUUAAAAUUUAGUUAAAAGAACAGCACUAGUACAUAAAACAGGUCGAUAAAGAUUAAAGUGAGUAUACUAUAGUGGAGAAAGCUUUGGAGACUUCAGAGUCAGAAUUCCAGUGGUUCUGGGUUUAAUUCCAGUGAUUCUGGAUUUAAAAUCCAGAAUCUCAUUUGAUUCUCAGAAGAAUCCUAUGGAAACAGAAGAUAAAGUAGGAAAUAUGCCAUUUUACAGAUAAGUAGAUACAAAUAGUUAGAAAUAGUAUCUCAAAACUUCAUUUGCCCAAGGACACGUAGACACGUAGCUUGUAUGUUGCGGAGUCAGAAUUUGAAUUCAGGCCUUUUGACUUCAUGCCUAGUCUUUUUACCUCCAUGAGACAACAAAAUCCAAAAUCCUUAGUUUGAGGUUCACUAAUAAAGGUCUUAACCCAUCUGUUUUCAGCCUUUCUCCCUCUGUUCCUAUAAACUUUAGCUCUCCCAUUUUGCAGGUCCUGGCCAAGGAUCACAGGUAAGGUGUCUGUUUCCCUUUGAUGGUUUGCCAUUUAGCCCCGGUUGAAUUGUGUUCCCACCUCUUUAUUCAUAUAGUUCCUCCUAUCAGGAAUAUCCUGCCCCCACCUCUCUGCUUAACUAUGAUAAGAGGUUAUCUGUCCAAAGAGAGACAAGAGGAUUUGUGAACUUAGGGAGAAAAGAAAAGGCUGCAAAUACUGCUUUGAUGUUUAUUUAAAAAGAGAAAUGAUCAGAGAGGUUGACAAGAAUACUUCAUUGAAGCUGGACAAUUAGGAUCUGUGGUGCACCUGGCCUACACCAAUAAAUCUUUCUCUUUCUCCAGCACCACUACAUGGAUGCUGUUCAACAUGAAGGUCUCUUUGUUUCCUCAUUUUCUGCCAAGUCAGUUACUGAGUCUGGCGUUCUUUUCCUGUCCUAACUGUGUUUGCUUGUUUCAUCUACCUUCCCUUAACAGUGUCAAAUAAAAUUUCUUCCAAAAACAA